AUGCUCAUUCCAAGGAUACUGUUUCUAUCCUUCAUGACAAUGGCUGGGACCGCUGGGACCGCGGCGGGGGGACUACGGAAUGUUACCAUUGAUGACCGCGGGGGGGAUGAAACGACGCAUAACAUUCCUAUAUAUCUUCCCCCCGAUAAAUGGAGUUCCGGAGGACACGCGAGACCAAACGCAUCUCUAGCGCACAACGGAACCUGGCAUGACGCGACUGUUCACCCUGGAGAAAGCGCACUCAACGUCAGCUUUAGUUUCACAGGUGUCGCUUUGUUUGUAUAUUGCAUUAUCGCAAACACUCCACCCAUGCACAAGCAAUAUUUUGACGCCUUGGCAAAUUACACAUUCUUCCUUGACGAGGAGUUGGUUGGUACCUACACCCACAAAGCAGAAAAAACGCGCAUGUUUUAUUAUAACGUGCCAGUCUAUGUCAACCACACCUUGGAGAACAAAUCUCAUAACCUCAGCAUCAUUGCAUAUCCCGGAGACCAGCCUGUCUUGCUGCUAUUCGACUAUGCUGUCUACACUACAUGCGAAGGCCAUUGCGUCAGUGACAAUGCACCCACAUCCAUCAAGACCCCAAUGCGUACUCUCACACCUGCCCACUCAAUGGACGCGCCAACAUCCAACCUGCCCACAUCCGGUUCGGAUGUAACGAGUACCCCAGAACCUCGUCCGAAUGUGGGAAUUAUUGUUGCCGCAACUCUCGCCGGAUUAGCUGUCUUCAUCCUCUCGGGUACCUUUCUCUUGCAUCGAUUUCGACAAACAAAGAGCAGCCGACAAGAAGCAAAGCUAUGGCGCCAAAGCAGAUUUAUUGUACAAUCGAAAACAUGCCCUCCUUCAGAACCACUGGCACGGGGAGAUGGACUAGAGAAGGGCUAUAGCGCGGACACUCAGACUGCGGCGUAUGCUGUGGCGCACGACAGCAGCAACGCACGUCCCGACGUGGGUCACUGA